AUGAACUCCACUAUGCUUCAGGUUAAUGCACAAGACAGAUUCAGGGAUGCUUGGGUUAGAAAUUUCAUUGUUGUUAUCUUUGGAAUCACAAUUAACUCCAUCAAUGGCGUGUUUGUGUUUACAUUCUUUAAGAAUUCAGUUUUCUACAAUGAUCCAAGAUAUAUUCUAUAUAUUCACUUGGUUAUCAAUGAUAUGCUCAUGGUUUUUGUAAGUGUGUCUCUUUCUGUGAUGGCUUAUGCAUGGCGAAAUGUACCUAUCCCGUUUUGUGUUGUACUACUGAUAAUAGCUUCAAAAACUCAUAAGAACAGUGUUCUGACUUUAGCUGGCAUGUCUGUUGAGCGUUACAUUGCCAUCUGCAAACCACUGCAUCACCAUCAGAUUUGCACAGUGCGCAGGACAUACAUCCUCAUCUCUCUGAUAUGGAGUGUUGGAGUUUUACCUGGAUUGGCUGAUUUUAUUCUCCUUUCAGUUAUUGAUCCUUUUUUCUAUACUAAAGAUACUAUCUGUUCAACAUCAAGGCUUUAUAACACACCUUACCAUGAAGAACUUAGCAAAUAUAUGACUGGCAUUUAUUCAUCUGGUGUUUGGUUAAUACUCAUAUACACAUACUGUCGAGUGUUGAUCACAGCCAGAAAGGCCUCCACAGAUAAAUCCUCAGCAAAAAAAGCCCAAAGCACCAUCCUGCUACACGGAGCACAGCUUCUACUGUGUAUGCUGUCCUACAUUACUGGCUACCUAGAACUGAUGUAUGCUCAACUGUUACCAGCCGAUCGGUCAAUAUUGCUCUUCUGUAAUUACCUUCUGACAAAUUUACUACCGCGACUGCUCACCCCACUGAUUUACGGUGUUCGAGAUAAAGUGUUUUAUAGUCACAUGAAAGGCAUUGUUGCAUGUAAAUUAGUUAUUGUAAAGGUUGAAUCAACCAAACAAUAA